CAUCCUCUCUGCUUGGUGGUCUGACGCUGGGGCUGAUCUGUGUCAUCACUGUGUUGUAAUCGGAUUGUUAUUUACCGAAUCAAUAACUGAAGUUACCGGAGCUGCGAUGAAGCUUCUCUGCAGCGGAUCGAUUGCGUGUCUCCUGCUCCUCUUCUGUCUUCCAGUUUGCUUGGCUGCUCAUGGUCGAUACGCUAAGAAGCUGUUUAAAGACUUGUUCUCCAACUACACCAAUGCUUUGCGGCCAGUGGAGGACACCGACCACAUCAUCAACGUCACACUGCAGAUCACUCUCUCCCAGAUCAUCGACAUGGAUGAGCGGAACCAGAUCCUGACUACCUACCUGUGGAUCCGCCAGGUUUGGAUGGAUGCCUACCUCACCUGGAAGAAGGAGGACUAUGACGGCCUAGACACCAUCCGCAUACCCAGCAGCUACGUAUGGAGACCUGACAUUGUCCUGUAUAACAGUGCAGACGACGAGUUCUCCAGCUCCAUGGAGACCAACGUGGUUCUUCGUAACGAUGGGCAGGUCAUGUGGGACCAGCCAGCCAUCACCAAAAGCUCCUGCUCCGUGGACGUGGCCUUCUUCCCUUUUGAUUUGCAGCAGUGUCACUUAACCUUUGGAUCCUGGACUCACAACGGCAACCAGAUGGAUUUGUCCAAUGCCUUGGACAGCGCUGACCUGGCCGACUUUGUCCCCAACGUGGAGUGGGAAGUUCUGGGCAUGCCAGCCAAGAAGAAUGUCAUCCUGUAUGGUUGCUGUUCAGAUCCGUACCCGGACAUCACCUUCAGCCUCCACCUUAAGAGAAGGGCCUCCUUCUACAUCUUCAACCUCCUGAUCCCCUGCAUGCUGAUCUCCUUUCUGGCUCCGCUGGGCUUCUACCUGCCGGCUGACUCUGGUGAAAAAGUUUCUCUCGGUGUCACGGUGCUCCUGGCCCUAACCGUGUUUCAGUUGCUGGUGGCUGAGAGCAUGCCACCCUCCGAGAGUGUCCCGCUGAUAGGAAAGUACUACAUUGCUACCAUGACGAUGGUCACUGCAUCAACAGCGCUCACCAUCUUUAUUAUGAACAUCCACCACUGCGGCUCUGAAGCUCGUCCCGUCCCACAAUGGGCCGAGCGCUUCAUCCUUAACUACCUCGCCCGCAUCUGUUUCGUCUACGAGGUCGGUGAGAACUGCCUCGGCAGGACCGCGUCCAGGAAGCAACCUCUGUCGCAGGAGGAGCCCGAAGCCCCGGCAGCCAAUGGCAGCAACACCAAAGGAACAAACUGGGAUGUGAACGGGCAAGUAUGGGCCGGGAGGGUGGAAGACGAUGCAGCUGGGGAGUCUCUAAAGCUGGAGCGGGAUGUGACCAACCAGACGGACUGGAAAGAGGAUCUGUUUGUGACCAUCAACCAUUCGGAGGAGGAAGGAGCUGCUGGAGGACACGAAGGGAAGCCGGAGGAGUCAAAAAGCGCCAGUAGAGGAGGAGGAGGAGAGCAUGUUGAAGAAAAGAAAGGCGUAGGAGGGAACAGGAGGGAGAUCUUUGUGAGAACCCAGUGUGUGUGCCAGCACCAGGGACUACGCAGUAACGUUGAGUACAUUGCCAACUCGUACCAGGACCAACGAGCGGCGCAGCUGCGCAUUGGGGAGUGGAGGAAGGUCGCCAAAGUCAUGGAUCGCUUCUUCAUGUGGCUCUUCUUCAUUUUGGUCUUCUUCAUGAGCAUCCUCAUCCUGGGAAAAGCCAUCUGACGGAGAAGAUUCUCCAUUGGAGAUUCACGUGAGAGGGUGAUGGUAGCGAGUAGCGAUAAAAUAAUGUGCUUAGCGUUCCGUUAAGUCUAAAAUCAGUCUUAAUUUUCUGGAAACAGGUGGGUUUUAAAGGUUAAAUCUGCCGUAAAAGUAUACUCUAUCUGGUGUCUUUUCAAAUUAUGAAUUUCCACCAUAAUUUAAAAUGUAGACGUGAGGAUUUAAAGAGACGUGGUCACACAAAAGAAGUUUGCACAGAUAGGUGGAUACAUCAGAUUGUGAGGUUUAAAAUCAUCCACAAAAGGCCACAGAUAAUUUUGAAGUUCUUGAAAGCAUCCCAUCAAAUAUGGAGAAAUUUGAAUCAAAAAGUACACUCAUCAGCUCUUUAGAUCAAUACAUUUUGUUGUAAGAUUCAGACAAAAAGGAGCCGACGUUCGCCUGACAUUGCCACACCAAAUUGCAAAUGUGAGUUAGUCUGGAACAUCUUAGUUCACGUUCAAUUUCCAACGGCUGUAGACGAAAAUACACCUGCACGCAAUUGGAUAGAACUACAACCAAUCAUGGCAAAGAAACGUGGCAUAGCACUGAGCGACGGACAAAUGUAAACAGACUACAGCGUGCAGAGAUGAGGUUUUUUUUUUAACAGAAAGUUCCACAUAUGAUCGCCGUAGUGUCCCCGGCGUGGGGGUGCAACAAUGUGUAUUUUUAGUCAUUGUAUCUAGCCUGCCCCAUAUGAGAUAAACAGUUGUGAAUGGCUGAAAAUCUGUGUGCGGGCCGGAGACCAGACGUAAAAUAGAUACACAAUAUUAAAUUAAUUUACAUAUAUAUAUAUAUAUAUAUA